AUGAGUUCUAUAGAGGACUUUGAUCGUCAUGAUACUGAGGAUGAUGAGUUUGACGACGACAACAUCAGGGAGUCUGCGUACCCCAAGAAAGAUCCACACAGGAAGUACACAUUUGCCAACCCUUCCGUUCAAGGGAAGAGCACUUCGGUGUUCAGCUCCGGCAUGUUGUACAAGAUUUUGAGAGAGAAUGGUGAAUUCUUUUUUUUUAAUGACACGUUGCAGUAUGUCAUGGUGGUGCGGGUGCAGUGCCGGUUGUGGGGAGAUGAGGCGAUCGACGAGAAGGUCGUUCAGACACAGAUGGGGAAUGGCGAGACGGAGCUUACACUGGCAAUUCCACCGGAGGCAACUUGCUUUUUAAUGAAGACUGUAAGAGAUCUUCCGAGAGUUUGGGCGAAGGGCGUUGCACCGCCAAAAGACUUUGUUGCGCCUUCUGUGAAACGUAACAUGCAUGACAUUGAUGUGAGUAUCAACAAUGUUCGGUCAAAAUUAGGGCAGUGGAGCCGCGCCGGAGACCAGAAAUCCCUUUUAAAAUGCUGUCUUCAUAACGGUCUUAGGUUUACGGAUCUUGAGUUCCGUCCAUCUGCCAACUCCUUGUGUCGUCCAGGUGUUGACACGGCGACAUUCUCUUUUCUGACGUGGCGACGACCUGUGGACUAUUUGAUGCUCACAGAGGUGGGACAAGCCCGCCUUUUUAGAAGAGAUAUCUCAUCUCAUUUGGUACGCCAAGGCUCUUUAGGGGACCACACUGUUAUUGGAGGUAUUGCAGCCGUUGCCAUGUUUCCUUUUCAUGUCCGUUGGAUGUUUCGACACCCAGUAAGCUCAGCGAUUGGAAAACGCGAGCGUGAGGUCGGUGCAUACCGUGUCACUCUUUGUGUGGGAGGUUGGUGGACAACACUACUGUUGGAUGAUUACUUUCCAGCAUCGCUCAAGGCACCAUUGUUUGCGAGGUGUGCGGUUGACCCACGUCGUUUGUGGGUAUCUUUCUUGGAGAAGGCGUACGCCAAAGCUCUUGGGUCAUAUGCAGCAUUGUGCGCUGCCGACGCACUUGAGGUCUUGACGGACUUUACUGGCUUCCCGUGUCGUAAUUUAGAUGUUUUAUGGUCAGAAGCCGCAAACGACCCUGAAGCCGCAAAGAAUCUCUACAAAUAUAUUCAUAGUUGCGCCAGACGUCAAUUCCUUAUUAUGGUAUACACUCCUUCAUUCUUGAAACCCAGCUCUGCACCUUUGAUGGAUAAUUCAAGUUGCCCAUCUACGCAUUUUGUGGGUUCUGGUGAGGGGGUUUCUUUCUUUUUGCCUGGCCAUGUUUACUUUAUCACAGAGACUCUCUACUGUGAGGAUUUGGAUCUCCGCUUGGUGCGAUUGAAGAAUCCGUGGACGUGGAGUGCAGCUGGAAGAACACACAGGCCGUUUGGGUGGAAACGUUCCAAGUGGUUUGAGCAACCAGAGAAUAGUACAACCAUGGGAGCCAGCAGCGUCAUUUUUCAGUCAAAGGGUGAAGAUGGCCGCGGGGGUGGUGAUGGGAACGCGUUGAAACAAAAGGAGUUGGGAACCAUGUGGUUGGAAUGGUCGGAGGCUUUCCGUUCAUUUGAGGGCGGUGGUGUCUGCUACACCCUUUGGAACUGGAAAGAGUACCGCAUCCGAGGCCGUUUCUGUCAAUGUAUUCCCACCGUUGUUCUUGAGGUCCGGGUUGAGCAGAAGGCGGAGUGUAUUCUGACGAUUUCGCAGGAAAGUAGGCUGAGGCGUCUUGGAAGUGCGAGGAAAUUUAGAUAUGAUGCGAUGCUUCUUUUUGUCUCGCGUCACAUGGCCGCAUCGAAUAUGGAGUCUCUUGCGUGCACGAGCUCCGGUGACAUUGAGUCUCCGAGCGACGGUUUUACGUACACCGCGGCACGAGACGUGUCUGUGCGGUGCAUCUUUGAACCCGAGCACAGCCCGUAUUACGUGAUCCCACGUGUGUACCAUUUCAGUGAUCGGGAAGAAACACCGUUUGUUCUUUCCUUUCUAUGCGAAACGGUGAUUGGGGGGGAUGAUGCCCAGGUACACUUCCGCCACUUGGACCCAUCCUGUCGCGUCUUUCAAGACAUGUCAUCCUUCACGGUGAAUGCGGAGCUCUGCCGUCCCGUCACGGCAACCUAUCAGUGCCGAACUCCUGCUGGUGUCUCGGCCUACGAGGGUCAAUGCAUCAGACAGCAAAAUUGGCGCGGUAUGAGACAGAUGCAUUCGGAUGAUGGCUGA